GGUCAGCUCCCAAACUCAGAAAAUCAUCCCAGCUACUCAACACCCAACCAACUUCUAGCACCAUGGCCUGCUGCGCUACUAGCUUCUGUGGCUUUCCCACAUGCUCCACUGGUGGCACCUGUGGCUCCAGCUGCGGCCAGCCCAGCUGCUGUGAGGGUGGCUAUGGCUUUGGCAUCGGGGGUGUCUAUGGCUAUGGCAUCGGGGGUGGCAUUGGCUGUGGCCAGGAGGGUGGCUGCGGAGCCGUGAGCUACCGAGUUAGAUGGUGCCGCCCAGACUGCCGCGUGGAGGGCACCUGCCUGCCCCCCUGCUGCGUGGUGAGCUCCACACCCCCAACCUGCUGCCAGUUGCACCAUGCCCAGGCCUCCUGCUGCCGCCCAUCCUACUGUGGACAGUCCUGCUGCCGCCCAGCCUGCUGCUGCUACUGCUGCGAGCCUACCUGUUAAGAGCCAGGUUACAGAUUUUCAAUUGCCCAGACCACAAUGUUCUUGAAUUGUGCACCUUCUUGGCCAACCCUGGACCAGUAACAAGUUCUUAAACCUUGACUU